AUGGCCGCAGCAGGGUCCCAACAACUCCAGUUUGCCGAGGGUGCUGCUUUCCCCGCCUUCCCGGCGGCGCACCUCGGAGGACCGCUGCUUCCAUCCACGCGCCCUGCCGCCGGGCUGCCCCCUGCACCCCAGGGCCCCCGCGCUCCAGCGGCCACGCCGUGCUUUCCAAGCGGAAGCCCUGGACCCGCAGCGCAGACCCCCGCCGGCCUGGAUUCUCCCGGGCCCCCCAAAGGCGCAGCUGCCCCGUCGGCGCCCCAGCGCCGCAAGCGCACGUCGUUCAGCUCCGAGCAACUGCAGCUGCUGGAACUCGUCUUCCGCCAGACCAUGUACCCCGACAUCCACUUGCGGGAGCGCCUAGCCGCGCUCACGCUGCUCCCCGAGUCCAGGAUCCAGUCAUGUUGUCCUCCUGUCUCCCAGGUGUGGUUCCAGAACAGACGAGCCAAGUCCAGGCGCCAGAGUGGGAAGUCAUUGCAGCCCUUAUCAUCAAGGCGGGAAGUGUUACUUCAGCGCUCUGCUCCUGGGACUGAAGCGAGAUGUUUGAAGCCCCAGCUGCCUCUGGAGGCAGCUAUGAACUGCCUUCCCGACGCCAGCAGGGCUGGAGGAGGCCUCUGUGCCUCUGGUUCUCAAGGUCAGAAUUUUGACACCUAUUCCCCUCUCUCCGAAGAUAUCGGCUCAAAGUUGGACUCGUGGGAAGAACAUAUCUUUUCUGCCUUAGGUAAUUUUUGA